GAGUCAGUCGCUGUUUGAAGCAGCUACCGGAACUUUCAGACGUUUUACCUGCAGCUUCCUCCCGAACCGGGUCCUUUGGUACCCAAACCGGGUCUGCCUACCGGUGAGAACGGAGCCGGUGUGACACGUGACAGCGACAACUGACCGUGAAGCAUCAUGGGAGUCGUCAGAUGGACGAGCCGGCAGCGGGUCAAUCAAAGCCUGUGACACACACACACACACACCAUGGAACAAGGCUUCUGCUUCAAUACGCUAAAGAAGCUGGCGGCGGAGCCGGACUACACCGACGUGUCGCUCGCGGCGGCGGAGCGGGUGCGAGCGCUGGCGAAGAUGGGAUGCCGCGUGGAGGUGCAGGAGGACGUCGCCCCGAGGCGCUACUUCCGCUCCGGGGUGGAGAUGGAGCGCAUGGCGGAGGUCUACCUGGAGGAGGGUAGCUUGGAGAACGCCUAUGUGCUCUACACCAAGUUCAUCACUCUGUUCGUAGAGAAGCUUCCUGCUCACAGAGACUACCAGCACUGCAGCCUCCCAGAGAAGCAGCUCAUCAUGAAGAAACUUCAAGAGGUGGCGUUUCCUCGUAAAGACGAGUUGAAGAAACGCCUUCAGGAGAAAUACAGCAGGGAACACACGGAGUACCUCAGAGCCCAGCGCCAGGCGUCGGCAGAGGUGGACGUAUGCAGUCAGAAGAUGCAGUGCCUCUCCUUAUUGAGCGAGGACAGGAGGCGCCGCCUGCUAUUGGAGGAGGAGCGGCAGCGUGUCGCUGCCCUGCGGCGCAUGCAGAUCGAAUCUGAGCAGUUCCGCUACUUUGAGGACCAGCUGAGUCGUCAGGAAGUGGCCAAUAGGAAAGCUGAGGAGGAGGAGCCUAAGAUGGAUAUCAAAGGGCCUGAAGUGAUGGGCGGCUACUGUCUUUCCCGGCAGCCAAUCGGAGACCGCGAACAAUCUCAGGGGGCGGACCUCCACCAGACAAGACUGCCAGGGUCCAUCAGCCAACCAGCUGCCACGUUGGCCAGCGUUCACACUCAGACGGUGGAGGGCCUGAGGCGGGUGGUGAUUCCCAGCAGCCUGACGUAUCGUUUUCUGCUGCUGGCCGAGUCCAACACGACCAGAGGGAUAGAAACCUGUGGAGUCCUGUGUGGACGACUGACCCACAACGAGUUUGUGUUGACUCACGUCGUUGUGCCCAAACAGUCGGCUGGUCCGGAUUUCUGCGACAUGGAGAACGUGGAGGAACUGUUCAGUUUCCAGGACCAACAGAGCCUGCUGACCCUGGGCUGGAUACAUACUCAUCCCACUCAGACCGCUUUCCUCUCCAGCGUUGACCUUCACACUCACUGCUCUUAUCAGCUGAUGCUUCCUGAGGCCAUCGCCAUCGUGUGUGCUCCUAAACACAACGAUGCUGGUGUGUUCAGGUUAACCGGUUCUGGAAUGUCAGAGGUUUCUGUCUGCAGACUGAAAGGUUUCCAUCCUCACUCCAAGGAGCAUCCCCUCUUCAGUGUGUGUAGACAUGUGGUUUUGAAGGACUCAAAGAUCAGCCUGCUGGACCUCAGGUGACAGACAAGAGGCGCCAUGAUGAGGAAACUGUGUAUGUGUGUGUUUGUUUUCUGUUUUUAUAAACUGAAUUGUUUGGGGUAAUAAAACAUUGCUUGCUGCUGAGUUUUCAGACCAUAUAUAUGAUUUGUAGAAACUGUGAUUAUUUUCAUUUGACUGACUUUUUGUCUCUUUUUCGACCUCCUUUCUGAUGAAAGCAGUUAAAGUAUAGAGAUGAAAAUAGUGUUGAAGGAUAGAGAGAGGGGACAUCUUUGGGGAAGUUGUCAUAGUAGUUGAAGUGUCAGAAGAACACUAAAUAAAAAGAACCAAUCUGAAAGUAAAA